AACUCCACUUUUAUCAUCACUCAUCACUAUCUCUCCUCGCAAUAACCAUUAUUUGUAUAAUUACCUGAACAUUUUCCACAAACUUUUGGUUGACUGUGCAUGGAGUCCUCGAGUAACCUUCAUGGCGGGACGCCGUCUAGUUAUCGGGGCGUCCGCAAGCGAAAAUGGGGCAAAUGGGUGUCGGAGAUUCGCGAGCCUGGAAAGAAAACUCGAAUCUGGUUGGGAAGUUUCGAGACAGCGGAAAUGGCGGCGGCGGCAUACGAUGUUGCAGCUUUAUUCUUCCGGGGGCGUGAGGCCCGCCUUAAUUUCCCGGAGCUGGCGAGUUCGCUCCCCAAGCCCGCGAGUUCCAAUGCAGACGAUAUCCGCAUGGCUGCCCACGAGGCGGCCGUGCGCCUCAGGAGCAGUAGCAAUUGUUCUAACACAGCAAUAUCCGAGGGCUCGUCCAUGGGGUGCGGCGUGGGCGCUGAUGGGACAAGCUUGGGUCCCGUCACUGUCAGGCUGUCGCCCAGCCAAAUCCAGGCGAUAAACGAUUCACCAAUGGAUUCACCGAAGAUGUGGAUGCAGAUGACAGAGGAAUUAAUGUUACAGGAAUCCAUGAUGUUCUCCAAUGAGGUUGAGGAGAAUGACGAGUGGAGUUAUAAUAUGCAAAGUGACUCCCUUUGGGACCCUUAGGUAACUUUAUCCAUUAAAACCCUUCAUUCAUUGAUCACUAUUAUUAUUUAACAUAUAGAAUAAGAACAGGGUUUGUUGAAGUACUGACCCGUAAUAUUAUCGAGUCAAUGUAACUUUUAAGUUCGAUAAUAUUAUCAAGUCAAUAUCGAUAUCGAUCGUCGUUGCAUAGUUUAUACCGAAUUUUUUUUGACAUUAAUUAUAUUGGUUAUUAAUUGAUGAAAUAGUAGAAGAAGCAGAAGGGAGUUGGGUUUUAAGGAAAUGACAUUCUGCAGAUUCAUUUUAAUUAAAAAUGACCGAAGAUAUUUUGUGGGUGAAACAUGUAGUGAAGGGCCACGAUCGAUGUAUUGGGUAUUAUUAUUAUUAUUGGCCUAACAAGUGUGUGGUGUGAUUUUUUUUUUAAUUUUUUAAUUGUAAUUUGUUUUUAUAUAUAUAUGUACUUCUCAAGCUUAAUAAGA